AAACCCGUUGGGAGUGCUUGGUACUCAAAAGUCAAAGUUUCGACGCCUCCACUCCAGCAUGUUAAGAGCUGCUAGACAAACAAAUCUCAAAUACCCAGAUCUCAAAGCAGUGCAAAGUUGCAAACCUCUCUGCAACAAUGGCACAGUCCCUUUUUCUGUCCACAAAUCUGAGCCCAAGCAGAUACAUCCAAGGAGAGGAGCAAUGGCUUGGGUGUUUUGCAUUGAAAACAAAACCAAGUCAUUUGAAGCUUUCAUCUGGCUGUAGAAUAAGAGCAAACGCCGUUUGCAAUGCUGGUUUUAAACCUGUGGAAAUUCCUCGUCAGUGGUACAAUCUUAUUGCAGAUCUUUCAGUUAAACCUCCUCCCUCAUUGCAUCCAAAGACUUUUGAACCAGUCAAACCUGAGGAUUUGUCUCCUCUAUUUCCCGACGAGUUGAUUAAGCAGGAGGCAAGCACUGACCAGUUCAUUGACAUCCCAGAAGAGGUCCUCAAUGUUUACAGCCUUUGGCGGCCAACCCCGUUGAUCCGUGCCAAAAGGUUGGAAAAACUGCUUGACACACCUGCAAGAAUUUAUUACAAGUAUGAAGGUGUAAGCCCGGCUGGGUCACACAAACCCAACACUGCAGUCCCUCAGAUUUGGUAUAAUGCACAGCAAGGUGUCAAGAAUGUUGUCACAGAAACUGGUGCUGGCCAAUGGGGUUGUUCACUGGCUUUCGCGUGCAGCUUAUUUGGUCUCAACUGCGAAGUGUGGCAAGUCCGUGCUUCUUACGAUCAGAAGCCAUAUCGUAAAUUGAUGAUGCAAACUUGGGGUGCCAAGGUGCACCCUUCACCUUCUACUCUUACUGAAGCUGGUCGAAAAAUCCUUCUAUUGGAUCCAUCAAGCCCAGGCAGUUUAGGAAUAGCUAUUUCGGAGGCUGUGGAAGUGGCAGCUACAGAUGCUGAUACCAAGUAUUGUCUAGGAAGUGUUCUCAACCAUGUUUUAUUGCAUCAGACUGUUAUAGGUGAGGAGUGUAUAAAGCAGAUGGAGGCCAUUGGGGAGACUCCGGAUAUAAUCAUAGGCUGUACAGGAGGUGGAUCCAACUUUGCAGGACUUUCGUUUCCAUUUAUUCGAGAGAAGCUGAAUGGGAAAAUCAACCCUCUUAUCAGAGCUGUUGAACCAACAGCAUGCCCUUCAUUGACAAAAGGUGUUUAUGCUUAUGAUUAUGGUGAUACAGCUGGUAUGACCCCUUUGAUGAAGAUGCAUACACUUGGGCACGACUUCAUUCCCGACCCUAUUCAUGCUGGGGGUUUGCGGUACCAUGGUAUGGCGCCAUUGAUUUCUCAUGUCUAUGAAUUGGGGUACAUGGAAGCAAUUGCAAUUCCUCAGACUGAAUGCUUUCAAGGUGCAAUACAAUUUGCUAGGUCGGAGGGAAUAAUACCAGCCCCAGAACCAACUCAUGCCAUAGCUGCCACCAUCAAGGAAGCUCUUCACUGCAGAGAGACCGGUGAAUCGAAAGUUAUUCUCAUGGCAAUGUGUGGACAUGGCCAUUUUGACCUGCCAGCUUAUGAUAAGUAUUUACAGGGAGCUAUGGUUGAUUUGUCAUUUGCAGAGGAGAAAGUAAAAGCAUCACUGGCCCGUAUUCCUCAAUUGGUAUCCCGAGGUGAAGCCAAUGUAUAGCAAGAUGAUCUUGCAAUGGAGGAUAGAUUCGUACUCCAUAAGGAAGGAUAUUGUUGUCAUUUUAUGAUUUCUGUUAAGGAUAAUUAGAGGGGUCUCACUGACAGGGGAAGUAGUGUUAUUUCCUAUGGAUGAGGGUGUCUCGUUGUUAUUUGGACAAACCUUAGGGGAAGUGGAUGGAAUUUACCCAUGUAUUACUAGGAUGUCAGUAAUGUUGCUGGUGAUCUACAUUGUAACCUUGAUGUUAGGCUUUGAACUGGGGGAACAUUUAACUCCAGAAAUCAUUUCAAAUCAUUGAUUAUGUGUAAGAGA